GGAAAUAUAUGAGUACUGAGUAUAAAAGUGAUAGACGCGUGAUAAAAUAGAAAAGACAUGUCGCCACCUAGUUCACAAGACUCCUCUACAGCUGCGAGCACUUCCUCGGAACAAGAACCGCGUGAAUGGACUCGCUUAGCCCUGAUCGCGAUUUGGGGCGCUUCCGCGUGGUGUCCGAUUCUGUGCAUUUACACAGAAUGCUGGCGUCUAGUCAUAGAGCUACCAGAAGGCGACGCGCUACCCGGCAAUUUGACCCUUCUCGCUCAAUCCGGGAUGCUAGCAGCACUGGUGUUCGGGUGUAUGUUUCGGGGACCGGCAGGUCGGUCCCUGCCUUUGCUGAGGAAGACGAUCAGAUGCGUCCUGUUGGGCGACGUGGUAUUAAGGCUGUACCUAAUACAUCUUUGGACGUAUCCUUGGAACUACGUAUGGAGGAGUAUCCACCUAAGGGAAUAAUACUCUCCCAUAGUACUUUUCAAGGAUGCACUUGGGAGCUGAAUUACGGACAGCUCUAAUGGUAGCGUUGGCCGCGAUGGCGCUGUGCUGGGAUAAGUUUGUCAUUCAUCAGAAGGGGGCGAGUUUUGCGAGUAUAGGACUCUACGGAUGCUACGUGGCUCUGGCGUCGCUUGCGUGUUUAACCAACUUCUCCUAUUGGCCGUUUAUCUUAUGGUGAGGAUUCGCAUUCCCAUUCGCAGCUAUGGACAACGAGCAACGUCGUAAUAUCAAAAAAUAAAAAGAGAGAAGUUGUACUGGAAGUAGAAUUCUACCAAACUAUAAUUCCACGACAGAGUGCGCACGCCGUGGUCUUAAGACCUUUGCUUCUCCGUUCUUUGGUAGUUUUGUCUUGUUCUUCUGGAGAAGGUCCAUUUUCUCUAACUCCUCCUUACAUCGUAGAGUCCAAAAAAACGAUUCCAUCUGGCUGCGUCUUCCUGUCCGGCGGAGCGACUGGGGCUACGUCGUUGAUAUCGGCGAUCGCAACCCUUCAACGCUGGAUCGGCUUCUCACCCACCGUGUACUUCUUGAUCUUCGCAGGCAUUUACGUUGGUCUGUUCCUGCCAGUAUUCUUCAUAUUAGAGAGGAAAGCAGUGAAAGCUGCGGCAAGUAGGGCUACAGGUGAUGAUGCUGAGCAAGCAAAUGCGAGAACGUCGACUACGAGAUCACUGUCGGUGAGCCCCAAUAGUGUCAGCCGACGUGUUGGCUUGGCAGAUUCUCAUGCGCUGAGUGCUACGCGGUUGAUGGACAAUACUGAGGGUGCUGAUGGAGAGGCGCAGCAAGAACCACCGGAAGAACCACGUCGCCCUUUUAAAACGCAACUCGUGUUUUUUGUCAUUUUCAUCGCAGGGUCGUUUCAAAACGGGCUGUUCCUUUCCAUGACCAUUUUCGCGUGUCGAUUAAUGGCAGAUGGAGUGAAGAGAGAGCAGAUGUGGCUGUAUUUCUUAUGGUUGGUUGUGAAUGAAAUUGAAUUUGAUUUAGGAAUUGCCUAGAUAAGGUCCUCUUCUAACACGCCUGAUCACGUCUGAAAUUGAAUUUGUACAUGUUAAUUUGCUUUACGGUGAUCACGAAUGGUCAUUAUAUCAGAAGCAGACACAAAAAAUCAUGCAGAUCACGACGAGGAUGAGGGCAGUAGCUUACUUACGUCAAGUACUACGAGGGAGGUGGGGAGGGUUUCAUUUAGAAAUUGGCUGCUUCUAACACCCCUGAUCACGGCAACGACGGGAUGGCUCACUCCGCUGGCUGCAGUACUGGCCCAGUUCAUUUGGCGAAUGAAGCCUCUGGUGAUAGCUCUGAAUCUCUUUUGGUUUGGGAUCGGCGUGCUUGUCGUAGCAAUGGCCAUGGAGAGCAGGGACGUGGAGACAGUAAAAGAAGCAGGCGAAGUCACAGCGAGUAUGUCCCAGCUUGGUCUGGAAGAACCUACCACGCUGAAGAUUCAAGGUUCUUCCCUCUCCACAUUGAUGCAGUGGAGCGUAUCAGCCAGAGCAUUGAUAGACGAAGAAACGAAAAGCCGAAGAUCCUCCUUUUCCUUCUUCGAGGAAUACCUCUUCGUCACUGUCUCCAUUAGCGGCAUGGCCUUGUUGACAACUGGGAAAGUGUGUCUGCUGGCUAUUCUAGGAGCACAAGAGGGGGACGCUAGCCGGAAUCUGGCAACAGCUGGGAAAUUGAUUCAGUAUGGGUCAUCUAUCGGCUCCCUGAUUUUCUUCUUCAUAGCAAGGUGGAUUGAAUCUGGCAGAGAGGAUGCUGGAGGUGCUAGCUUGUCCUCUAUUGCAGCUGGUACUAGUUCGAGUUAGGACCACUUAGGAGUCCGUAUCCGUUUCGAUUUUCCUUGGAUUUCCUUUUGGGUAAGCGCAAGGUGCUUUCCGUGAAAAGCAGAUUGAGAACACAAAUCUCUUAUCGACAUGAUGCAAUUUUGCAUUUUUGCACAUGACUUGUUUAGCAUGUUUUCCAAAUUAUUUGGAAUGCGGUACAUAAUAGUGAACAAUGAC